AUGGAGGAAAUCGAAGAAACAACCUUUAUUUUAACAACAUAUGGAAGUAAACAAAACUUGCAAUUGUUCUGUUGUAAUUUACCAAAAAUUGAAUUACACGCUCAUAUAAAUGGUUCAAUAAGCUCUAAAACACUGCAAGAUUUAGUUGAUAAAAAGAAAGAUAAAAAACCACAUUUAUCAAAUUUCAAAAUACCAAAGAAAAGAUUAGCUAUAUUUUACGACUUUUUUGAAAUAUUCAAACUCGUUUAUCAGCUUAUAGAUGAUGAAGAAUCAUUGGAAUAUAUAACCAAAUCAAUUAUUCUUGACUUUGAAAAUGAUGGUGUAAAAUAUUUAGAAUUGAGAUCAACUCCAAGGAAAAAUGAAAAUAAUGGAAUGACCAAAGAAUCAUAUGUUAAAACAAUAAUUUAUACCAUACAAAAAUUAUCAACUACUUCUAAAAUAAUUGUAAGAUUGAUACUUAGUAUUGAUCGUUCAAUCACUCUAGAAGAAGCUAUAGAAACUGUUGAUUUGGCUAUUAAAUAUAAAGAAUUGGGUGUUGUUGGAGUAGAUUUAUGUGGCAAUCCUUCAAAAGGUCAUUUUGAUAUUCUAAAACAGGCUUUUAUUAAAGCACAAAAUAAUGGUUUAAAAGUAACUUUGCAUUUUGGUGAGUACUCAACCUCUCUUAAAACCAAUCCUGAAACAUUUGGUUACUUGGACAAACCAGGAUAUUGGGGUGUACAUGCUAAAGGUGCUGUAUGGGCUGGAAUUUUAUAUGAAGUUUAUUGGAAUCUUGUUGACAAACUUGGGUUCACAUCAUCCUGGUUUCCACCAACAGAUGAAGAAGAUUAUAGUUGGUAUGAUAGAUCGAUAAUUGACGGAUUCAAUACAAAUAAAAUUCCAAAACAUGGAAACACAUUAUUUUUACAAUUAGUGGUUGAUGGUAUGAAACUUCAACCAUGUAGACCAACUUUUAUCAAUGCAAGAGAUGCAAUCUUGCAAGCUGAUGAAAUCUUAACUGGUGGUGAAAAUAAGUGCGAAAUCUGGAAAGGAUUCGCUAAACGUGGUUUGGGUGUCAAGGCUAAACUUGUUGGCGGUCCUGACUGGGGUGGUGUCAGAAAAGAAAAUUUUGAUGUGCCUACUUCUUGCGACUGA